AUGCCCCUCUACACAAUGUUCCUGAAGGAGCUCAUGACAAGAAAAAGAAACUGGGGUGAAAAGGAGACUGUAGUCCUAACUGAGGAAUGUAGUGCCAUCAUACAAAAGAAACUCCCCCAGAAAAUGAAGGACCUAGGGAGUUUCCAAAUCCCCUGCAUCAUAGGGGAUAUCACUAUUGAAAAGGCUUUGUGUGACUUGGGAGCUAGCAUCAAUCUUAUGUCCUUGAGCACGAUGAGAAGGAUGAGAAUUGAGGAAGCCAAACCAACAAGAAUGGCACUCCAACUAGCAGACAGUACAUUAAAGUUUCCACAUGGAGUGGUGGAAGAUUUAUUGGUGAAGGUGGGAGAAUUCAUCUUCCCAACUGACUUUGUUGUGCUGGAUAUGGAAGAACAGGCAAACACUUCAAUUAUCCUAGGAAGGCCAUUCCUAACUACUGCUGGAGCCAUCAUUGAUGUGCAAAAAGGAGAACUAGUAUUGAGAUUACAUGAGGAAAAGAUGGUCUUCAAUGUCUUCAAGGCAAUGAAUUAUCCCAAGGAAGCAAUAGGAGAAUGCAUGAUGGUGGACACCAUAGAACAAAUAGUCCAAAGAGUUUUGGAAGAAGAGCAAUAUGAAUGA